AGUCUGCUAAUUUGCUGUACUGUAAUUGGUAUGACCAGUGAUCGCUUCCGUGCAGAUACAAAUAUUAUACAAACAAUGGAGAGAAGACGACGCCAUACCGAUUCUAUAAGUGACGAAGAAGAUGAUGACAGGGGGAGAAAACGCAGGAGAAUUGCAACUGAUACUGUUGAUAUUGAAGACAGACUUGAAUCUCUUAUAACUAGAGUUGGUGAAAAGAGUACAUCAUCUCUUGAGAGCAAUUUAGAAGGUCUUGCAACUGUCCUUGAAGCUGAUAUACCAAACUAUAAACAUCAGAUUAUGAAAAUUUUGUGUAGAUGUGUGGUGAAUUUACCUGAAAAACUUACAGUUUACACAACCCUUGUUGGAUUGCUAAAUGCUAAAAACUACAACUGUGGUGGAGAAUUUGUAGAGAUGCUUGUAAGAAACCUCAAAGAGGCCCUUAAGACAGGAGAAUUUGAGAAUGCCAGAAUGAUGGUUCGUUUUUUGGCUGACUUAGUGAAUUGUCAUGUUUUGGUGGCUGCUUCACUUCUACAAAUGUUUGACAGUUUUGUGGAGGUCACACUAGAAGACAAUAUUCCACAGGUGCGAUCUGACAUUUAUGUUUAUUUGGUACUCUCUGCUUUACCAUGGGUCGGGCAAGAGCUUUUUGAAAAGAAAGAAAAAGAGCUGAAUAACAUGUUGAUCACCAUAGAUAAUUAUUUAAGCAAAAGACAAAAAAUUCAUCUACCAGCUUUGCGUGUAUGGUUAAAUGAUGGACCUCAUCUUCAAGAAGAAUACCUUGAUUGCUUAUGGGCACAGAUAAAAAAUCUGCGAAAUAACAAGUGGUCUGAGAAGCAGAUAAUGCGCCCGUAUUUGGCUUUUGAUGGUGUGCUAUGUGAUGCUUUACAACACACACUACCACAGAUCAUACCACCCUCACACAACAAGUCAAUGAUCUAUCCACUGCCUCGAGUUGUGUUUAGGUUGUUUGAUUACACUGAUGUUCCACAGGGAACUGUUCUGCCAGGUAGCCAUGCUAUUGAAAGGUACUUGAUUGAAGAGCAGAUUGAUAGAAUAAUCCAUACAAAUCAUUUGGAGAGAAAGAUAUGUGCCGAUUCUUUACUUGGGUAUACUGCUAAGAACAAGAUUCCCUUAAACUAUAUGAUUGUUGAGGUUAUGUUUGGUCAGUUGUUUGAGCUCCCAAGGUCACCAUACCUGGAACUUUUUUAUGGUGCCACAUUUAUUGAAUUGUGUAAACUUCAACCUACUUCAAUGCCUGAAGUUCUGGCACAAGCUUCGGAAAUGUUGUUUGACAGAUUAGACAUCAUGCAUUCAAUUUGCAUAGAGAGGUUUGUACAUUGGUUUUCUUACCACUUGAGCAACUUCCAAUACAAAUGGAGCUGGGAAGAUUGGGCUGAGUGUGUCAAUAUGGAUCCUAAUGCACCAAAAUCAAAAUUUGUCAAAGAAGUACUACUCAAAUGUUUAAGAUUCUCGUACCAUCAGAGGGUAGUUGAGUCAGUCCCGGAAUCAUUUGCGCCUCUCCUUCCACCUGAGCCAAAGCCAAUAUAUAAAUAUGAACAAGAAGGUGCAGGCUCCUUACCUGGUACCAUGCAUGCUCACAAGUUGAUCAGUUUAAUUAAAAACAAGUGUACACCAGAAGAAGCAGCUAUGAUGCUCAAGGAUUUACCAAAUGUUUACCCAAAUGGCCAGGAAAAUGAAAAUAAAAAUUUCAACCCAUUGAAAAUUGAUGUAUUUUUUUCAACACUUCUACACCUUGGCUCAAAGUCAAUCAGUCAUUCAUUUGCAGCUUUAUCCAAAUUUCAUCCAAAUUUGAAAUCACUGGCUGAAUUUGAUGAUGGAAAAAUUUGUCUCUUAAAAGUUCUUUAUGAAACAUGGAAAAAUAAUCAACAGAUUAUGGUUGUUUUAGUAGACAAAUUACUGAGGACUGAAGUUGUAGAGUGCUCUUCGGUUGCUAACUGGUUAUUCUCUUUUGAAAUGCAACAUGACUUUACCAGUUUUUAUGUUUGGGAGAUAAUGCAUAGCACAAUUAAAAAGAUGAGUCAACAUGUGGAUCAGUUACAACAGGAUGUUGAUUUGGCUCAUGACAAACAGGAGGCUGCAAAGAGAAAGGAAGCAGAUGGACUGGAUGUUGUAGAUGAUGAUGUUCCAACUGAUGAAGCUGUUGAAAGAAUGGAAGAAAAGCUUGAAGCUGCAUUAAGCGCUCAAAAAAAUCUAUUUCUCGUUAUUUUUCAGAGAUUCAUAAUUGUCUUAACUGAACAUCUGGCUCGUUGUGAGUCUGCUGGCAUUGAUUACAAUACACCUUGGUAUAAGUGGGUUAUAGAGAGACUUCAACAAGUAUUUCUUCUGCAUCAUGAACUUGUUUUUCGAUACAUCAACACUCUGGAGCAGUUACUGUUUACAAGUGAUAUUGACAUUCAUAUUCUUGAAGUAUUCCAGCAAUUCUGUGCACUGAGAUCUUAAAUCCUUGAACUUAAAAAUGUUAUAAGAACAAAAAUGGGGUGUUUUUUUUAAGCAUUUUAAAAAUGAAAAGACAUUAGCUUUUUCAUUUUUAAUAUUGUCAAAAUCUUAUGUGAUGUUGAUUGAGAAACCCCAAGAUAACAUUUAUAGGUAUUAUGGUUAUUUUAUGUAACAUACAGUUAUAAAUUUUUAAUGUUUCUUCAAACUGUUGUUAAAAUGUUAUUUUUAAAUUUUGUAAUAUCUUAAAACCAUUAGAUCUGUUUCAGAACAAUUUAAAAAAAAAGAAAUAUUAUUACAAUCUUAGUCUAUCUGUAUCAGCAAACCUAAUUAAAUAUUCACUGAAACAUCUGUCCAGCAAUCUCAUGUAUCUUUGAGAGGUAUUUGUUUAGUUCUCGUUAUUCUUUGAAUGCACUGUCAUAUUUCGAAAAUAAAAUUUCAUUAUUUGUUAAUUUA